UGGGCACUGGUGGGUGGCACUGGUGGGCACAGGUGGGCGGCACAGGUGGGCACUGGUGGGUGCAUUGCUGGGCACAGGUGGGUGCACUGUUGGGCACAGGUGGGUGCAUUGCUGGGCACAGGUGGGCGCAUUGCUGGGCACAGGUGGGCGCAUUGCUGGGCACAAGUGGGUGGAACUUGUGUGUGGCACAGGUGGGCACCGAUCAUCAGGGCACUGAUGAUCAGUGACCCUGAUGAUCAGUGCCGAUCCCUGUUCUGACAACUGCCGGUUUUCGGCAGUACUUUCCUCACGAUCUGACAGCGUGAGGAAAGUGCAGCCGAGAACCGGCAUUUGCAU